CCAAUGACGUGUACCAAGAACCAUGUCUUAGCAAACCUUGGCACAACGAAAGACAACGGAUGGUGCUGUGAUGGACGCCAACAGCCUGGCGGUUGCAGAAGUGGAUUGACGGAUUUCCACCAAUCCUCCGGUCUCCGCCGAUUUCGCUGUGAAGCAUGUGAUUUCGACUUCUGCGAGGAGUGCUACUUGGAGCAGCUGAAUUCUCGCCGUUGUCGAAAUGGGCAUCUGCUCGUUUCCCUGGGGACCUCCAGAGACGACGGCUGGGGCUGCGAUGGGAAGAGCGAAGGUGGAUGCCGAAGCAAGGAACAGGGCUUCAAAACCACCAAAGGUCUACCGCGAUUUCGAUGUAAUGCCUGCGACUACGAUCUCUGUGAUCGGUGUUAUUCAAGUCCUCCUGCUCCCAAAGGAUGUAACAAAGGGCACAAGCUCAGAAGCCUUGGUCUCACUCGCGACACUGGCUGGGUUUGCGAUAUGGGUGGUACUCCAGACGGCUGCAAGCGUAACAUUGAGAAGUUCAAGGAAUCCAAAGGCAUUUUCCGCUUCCAUUGCGAGGUUUGCGACUUUGAUCUUUGUGACAAGUGCUUUGAGGCGCGUCCUUGUCUCGAAACUAACAAGGAGACAGAGAGAAGAGGUGUCCCAGCUCGGUGUAUGGAGGUGAACCAUUCGAUCAUCCCAAGCUACUGGGAUAAGAGUCGUUUGGAAGACAUCCCCAUGGAGAAAGGGUUGAACCCAAACGAAGAAAACACCAUGAACAAAUUCGCCAAGAUUGAGCUCAAAGGGAGCGACCUGGAGGCAAUUCAGAAAUUGUUUGACUCCACCUACAAGAAAGUCUACACAAGAGAUCGCAAAGGUGCAAAGGUCCCGGACCGUCUGAAGAUCGUGCGAGUUGAACGCAUUCAGAAUCUCCAAAACUGGGCCGAGUUUCGCUCGAGACAGCAAGAAGUCUUGGAGGAGAUCAAAAAACUGAAGGACGCAGGCGAGAAAGGCGUCUGCAAAAACGGGCACGAGCUGGAACCACUUGGCACCACACAGGACAAUGGAUGGGGCUGUGAUGGUAGGGCAGAUGGAGGCUGCCUUAGUGGAAUUACAGAUUUUCACCAGACCAAAGGGAUGAAUCGCUUUCGCUGUCAGAAGUGUGAUUUCGACUACUGCGACAAGUGCUACAUUCUUCGCACUGGGGCAAAGCUCUGCAUGAAGGGUCAUCCCUUAGUCCCGCUGGGGACCACUAAGGACAAUGGCUGGGGUUGUGACAACCACAGCACCAAGGAAGGCUGUUUACGGGCGAACAAGACUAAGGGAAUCGAUCGAUACCGUUGCGAACAGUGCGAUUAUGAUUUGUGCGACAAAUGCUACCAAACACACAUUGGCCAUGUACUAAACAAUAUCAAAACAGAUCAGAUGGACUUGCAUUCAGAAGAAUCAGACAAAGACAGCAAUACGGUCUGGUUGUUUCACGGAACUUCCACGGAAGCCGCUACAUUGAUCACACGGGGUGAUUUUUUGGUGGACAAAGCUGGUUCGAAUGCCGGAACUCUUUAUGGCCGUGGCAUCUACUUGGCUGAGUCCUGUAGCAAAUCUGACGAAUACUCGCGGGAGAAUGCCGAUGGCCAUCGCUGUAUCCUACUGUGUCGAGCAACGCUUGGAAAUAUUCUCUACAAUGAUGAGGUGAGUCCGAACAUUGACUGCUUGCUGCGGCAGAUCAGGGACAAGAGAUACCAUUCCUUGCUGGGUGACCGCGAGAAGUGCCGUAGGACUUUCCGAGAGUUUGUUGUGUAUGACGAUGACCAAGUGUAUCCAGAAUUUGCAGUUUGGUACGAGCGCGUAUACGAAUGAAGACACCAGAGUCAAGUCGAUGCUGUGAGCAUCUGGCUUUGUGGCAAUUGGUGAGCAACCACAGAUUUCUGCAACGAUUUGUAAAUAUGUGAUAUAUGUGCAAUGAUUUCUGCUCCCUGAGCACAGGGUACAAUACAGGCAAGCCGAAUUGUUCAAGACAAGUAGGCUGCCGUUCUCUUUAUCUCUGCAUUCAGUGAUUCAGGCGAUGUCAGGCGCACAAAAUGUGCUGCUGACGCAAACAUUCCUGGUUUUCAGAGCAUGUCUUUUCAGACCAAAGGGCUCCAGCACACAAGACCUUUCAGCACACAGAGACGCAUAAAAUGCUUCGCAAUGCUUUGCACCGGUCUUGCGAAUUGCG